AUGGGAGAUCUUAUGAAAAGACAAUUCAGCAUCCUAGAUUUAUCUGGAAAGAAAUUUUUGGAAUGGAAAGUGGAUGCCAUGAUGAAUUUAAAAGCUCAAGGGUUGGAGCACACUGUUAAAGAUAAUAAAAGUCCCUCUGGCCUUAAAACUGAGUACAUGAUGGUUGAAGAUCCCAAAGAAUUAUGGGAUUGUCUUAAUGAAAGAUUUGGACACCACAAAAGGGUGCUCCUUCCUAAGGCAUUAUUUGACUGGACAAAUUUACGAUUCCAAGAUUUCAAAUCCGUAAUUGAUUACAAUUCAACCAUGCAUGAGAUAGUAUCUAUAUUGAGAUACUGUGAUCAUCCAGUCACCGAUGAACAGAUGAUUGAAAAAAACACUCACUACCUUUCAUGCAAGCAACAUACUGUUGCAAGAACAAUAUCGUGA